UUUGAAAACUGAUCUUUGGCUCUUAGUGUGAAAGUGAUUUGAAUUUGGCUCGGCGGCGCUCUGCGCAGGCGUCCAGCUGCUGGCAUGCUGGCUCCUUGCAAAGCAGCUGUUUUGGGUUUGAAAUUCCAACAUGGCAGAGGCUGCAGUCAGUCUUCCCUUCAAAAACUUGGAAUGAUUUCAAAUCAUAGGCACCUUCACUUAACCCGAGCCCCCAUUCAUCAGCAAACACAGCGGAUCGAUGCUACUCUAACCUAUCGCGUUCUCGUACCAAACCUGCAGGUUAAAUGAAUACCUGACGAAAGGGCCCACGUUUCAAGGCAGUGACAUUUGAUAGCUGAGAGGAAAAGUGGCUUUAAUGAAAAGCAACCUUUGGAAUUCCUGCUUGUGAAAAAUCCAAUUCAGCUUUUUGUGCUGCCAGCAAGAAAUGAUCAGUAGCACCAGUGUUUAUGGCUUGAAGAUGCAGUGGACGCCGGAGCAUGCCCAGUGGCCAGAACAGCACUUUGAUAUCACUUCAACUACCCGGUCUCCUGCUCACAAGGUGGAAGCAUACCGUGGACACCUGCAGCGCACCUAUCAGUAUGCCUGGGCCAAUGAUGACAUCUCUGCGCUGACUGCCUCUAAUCUAUUGAAAAAAUACGCAGAAAAGUAUUCUGGUAUUUUAGAAGGCCCAGCCGACCGACCCAUCCUUAGUAACUAUUCCGAAGCUCCGUCAGCACUGGUGAAUGGUCGGAAGAAUGAAAAUGAACCCUGGCAGCCUUCUUUGAACUCAGAGAGUGUUUAUCCUAUGAACUGUGUCCCGGACGUUAUUACUGCCAGCAAAGCUGGAGUAAGUGCAGCCCUCCCUCCAGCAGAUGUCUCUGCCAGUAUAGGGAGCUCACCUGGGGUGGCCAGUAACCUGACAGAACCUAGUUAUUCUAGUAGUACCUGCGGAAGUCAUACAGUACCUAGUCUUCAUUCAGGGCUCCCAUCUCAGGAAUAUGCCACAGGAUACAAUGGAUCUUAUUUACAUACUAGUUACAGUGGCCAGCCAGCACCUGCACUUCCAUCACCUCAUCCAUCCCCUUUGCAUAGCUCUGGCCUCUUACAGCCGCCACCACCGCCACCACCAGCCCUAGUCCCAGGCUACAAUGGGACUUCUAACCUCUCCAGUUACAGCUACCCAUCUGCUAGUUAUCCUCCUCAAACUGCUGUUGGGCCUGGGUACAGCGCUGGUGGUGCCCCACCUCCCUCAGCAUACCUGCCUUCAGGAAUUCCUGCUCCUACUCCUCUCCCCCCUACCACUGUACCUGGCUACACCUAUCAGAGUCAUGGUUUGACGCCCAUUGCACCAUCGGCUCUGACAAACAGUUCUGCAAGUUCUCUCAAAAGGAAAGCUUUCUAUAUGGCAGGGCAAGGAGAAAUGGACUCCAGUUAUGGAAAUUACAGCUAUGGCCAACAGAGAUCUACACAGAGUCCCAUGUACAGAAUGCCCGACAACAGCAUUUCAAAUGCAAACAGGGGGAAUGGCUUUGACAGAAGUGCUGAAACAUCAUCCUUAGCAUUUAAGCCAACAAAGCAGCUAAUGUCCUCUGAGCAGCAAAGGAAAUUCAGCAGUCAGUCCAGCAGGGCUCUGACACCCCCUUCCUAUAGUACUGCUAAAAAUUCAUUGGGAUCAAGAACAAGUGAAUCUUUUGGGAAGUACACCUCCCCAGUAAUGAACGACCAUGGGGAUGAGCACAGGCUCCUCCCUCACCCAAUGCAAGGCCCGGGACUUCGUGCAGCUACCUCAUCCAACCACUCUGUGGACGAGCAACUGAAGAAUACUGACACACACCUCAUUGACCUUGUAACCAAUGAGAUUAUCAACCAGGGACCUCCUGUGGACUGGAAUGACAUUGCUGGCCUAGAUUUGGUAAAGGCUGUCAUUAAAGAGGAGGUUUUAUGGCCGGUGUUGAGGUCAGAUGCAUUCAAUGGACUGACUGCUCUACCUCGGAGCAUCCUUUUAUUUGGACCUCGGGGAACAGGCAAAACAUUAAUGGGUAGAUGUAUAGCUAGUCAGCUAGGAGCCACGUUUUUCAAAAUCACUGGCUCUGGGCUUGUCACAAAGUGGUUAGGGGAAGGAGAAAAAAUUGUUCACGCUUCCUUCCUCGUGGCAAGGUGUCGCCAGCCUUCAGUGAUUUUUGUUAGUGACAUUGAUAUGCUUCUUUCAUCUCAAGUGAGUGAAGAACACAGUCCAGUAAGUCGGAUGAGAACCGAGUUCCUUAUGCAGCUGGACACUGUUCUAACUUCUGCUGAGGACCAAAUAGUAGUAAUUUGCUCCACAAGUAAACCAGAAGAAAUAGAUGAAUCUCUUCGAAGGUACUUCAUGAAACGACUUUUAAUCCCACUUCCUGACAGCACAGCGCGGCACCAGAUAAUAGUACAACUGCUUUCACAGCACAAUUACUGUCUCAAUGACAAGGAGGUUGCACUGCUUGUCCAGCGCACAGAAGGCUUUUCUGGACUGGACGUGGCUCAUUUG